AUGAAGGAGUCAUUCGCUGACCUUCUGCGCACGGCGGCCGGCAAGCUCACCCUUUCGCUGCUGGUGGCAUCGCAAGCUACCGCAUAUAGCUUCAAGCCAGUCCCAAGCCCCAACCUCAACCUUGACGAUCUAGGCCGGAUAGCUUUUGCCGGAGACUUUGACUCGAUAUCACUAUACCAAUAUGAAGGCCAAAGUCAGACAUAUCCCGGCCGCGAUGGAGCACUUCUCACACGUUACCCCAAUGGAGUAUUUGCGACCAUCAACGGCACAGACGGUGAUAUCAAAGCCAUGUGCUCCCUCCAGAUUAAUGGCGCAGAGCGAAUCGUGUUUGCAGGUAACUUCACCGGUGUCGACAACCUGAUCACCCCCGGAGGCAUUGCGAUGCUCGACCCCGCCAACGGCAAUAUUGAGGCACUGGAAGGUCUCACAGGGUCCGUCAACGCACUAUACUGUGAUAGAGAUGGCGGUCAGGUCUACGUAGGAGGAAGUCUGGAAGGCGCAAACUCAUCCAAUGCACUAAUCUGGAAGAAUAGCUGGGAAGACCUGUCAUUCAAUGGCUUCAACGGCCCUAUCCACUCCAUCAUUCAGUCUAAUAGCAACAUAAUAUUCGGAGGAGAGUUCAACGGCCUAGGUGGAAAUGCGUCCACCGUGGUCAGCGAUAACAACACCCAAAUUAUCCCUAUUGGCAGCGCAGACAUUUCCGCCCAGACGAGCUCCGGCCUGAUCGGCUUCUCAGACCCCAAGAGCAUUGCAUGCAAAGCCGAUUUUUCCACGCAAGGCGCCGACUCGACGUGGUUGCUCGCCGACGGAACACCCGGAUUCUGGAAGGCCGACUUUGGCUUUGGUUUCGAACCAACGAGCUUGAGGCUCUACAACACAGACUACCAGGGCCGUGGUAGCAAGACAUUCCGCUUCACAGCACUUCCAGACGGUGGCAUCCUAAACCUGACCUACACCGACCCCGAGAGCGGACGACCGGCCUUUUGCGACGCAAGAUGCCCAUUGCCUGAGGGCAACACCACUGCGCAAGACUUCACUUUUGUCAACGUCGUCGGUAUGAAUGCCUUCAGGAUCGAUAUCUCGGACUGGUGGGGUCAGGGUGCUGGUCUAAACGGCAUCCAGCUUUUCCAGGACGCCAUGUACUCCUAUGCAGUUGACGAUUUCAACGAGCCUGAAAACUGCGGUCCCACUACGUCCAGGUCGGAAGCAACCUCGACUGGCUCAUGGCAGAUUUCUCCAUCGCACGACAGUUCCUCCAGGUAUCUCACCACAACCCUGCAGGGCUCACCCAUCGACACCGAUGCGGCAAGCGUUACCUUUCUGCCCGACAUCAAACAGUCCGGCAACUACUCCGUUACCAUCUACACGCCUGGAUGCCAGGGCGAUGGCACCUGUGGCACCCGCGGUCGAGUCAACGUUACAACACUAAUGGGCGGUCAGAGUGAUCCUCCUCAUGAGCUGUGGCAGACAAACAACUUCGACAAGUACGACGAAGUCUACAACGGUUACAUCGAUGCCACCGAUGGCACCCGCCCACAAGUCAUCCUCCGGCCUGCAAGCAACCAAGGUCCUGGUCCCCUGACUAUAGUCGCACAGAGGGUGCGUUUCACGCUCCUGAAGGCCACAUCCGGUAACCUGAACGGCCUCUUCGAGUACAAGCCUGGUCAGACCGUGAAUGCAGACGACUUGGCGGAUUCGGUCAUCAAUGCUGCCGGUGCCAGCCUAGCUCCACGCGAGAAGGCUCUAAUCACAACUGUCGCCGCUGGUGACCAGACCCUGUAUGUUGGCGGAUCGUUCAACAGCAGUGAUGACCGCAACAACAUCUUCGCAAUCCGACAAGGAGCGCAGGAACCCACCGCCCUCCCCGGUAAGGGACUCAACAACCAGGUCAUGACCAUGUUCCACAACGCUAGUACGCUUUACGUCGGUGGCAACUUCACCAACACGAUAGAGAAUAACGUAGCAGGCCUGGGUGGAGUCGCUGCUUUCAGCAACAACCAGUGGCAACCCCUUGGGGCUGGUGUUGACGGUGUUGUCUUGUACUUGGUACCAUUCUCGCUCAACAUCACGGUUAAUACUCCUGAGGAGGUCCUCGCUGUCAGUGGCUUCUUCAGCCGGGUCAACGCUUUCGACAACAACCCCAGCACCAAUGUUAACGACUUUGCCGUCUGGGUGCCUUCUCGUGGCAACUGGCUGCACAACCUGGACUUCUACUCUCUCGCCAUGUCUGGUAGACUAAUGACUUUUGCUGAUGUUCCCGGAAGUGAACGUUGGUUUGGCGGAUCCGUAUCAUCUGGCGCUCUUCUCGCGAGUGGUACUGCCGAGCUAAAGAGUGGAAAUAACUUGUCACUUCAGGCUUUCCCUAUCAAGAUCCAAGCGCAACAGCAACAGCAGGCUUCCACUCGCAAGCGAGCAAUUGUUGAGGGACAGAACCUUAAUACGACUGGAGUCCGAACUGGUACCUUUUACAAGGAGAACGGCAUGAACAAGACUAUUCUCGCUGGUCACUUCGCAACCACGGGCGCAGACAAUCGUAACAUCACAAACCUCAUUAUCAUUGAUGGCAAAGAUUCCGACAAAGUAACGGGCUUUGACGACGAGCUGGAUGCCAAUUCUACCUUUGCGGCUGUCGCUGUCUUGGACAAUGUCUUGUACGCCGGCGGUAUGAUCAGCGGCCAGCUUGACAACGACCGCGUUGCCGGUAUUGUCGCCUACGACCUCAACAGCAACGCGUUCGCCAGCAUCCAGCCACCGCCGCUGCAGGGUAUCAACGUCACCGUAAACGCCAUCGCCCCACGACCCAAAUCUAAAGAUAUCUUUGUCGCAGGCCAAUUCCAGUCCGCUGGAGCUUUGAGCUGUGCUGCCGUGUGCAUCUGGAAUACUGAGCGUAAUCAAUGGACUACCCCUGGUAAUGGUCUUGCUGGCGACGUCUCAACUCUUACCUGGGUCGGCGACAAUAGCCUACUCAUCGCGGGUAACCUUACUUCAGGCACCAAUCAGACUAAGAUCCUCACCUACGACUCAUCCAGCAGGCAAUUCACUGUCGUUCCUGGUGCUAACGACCUUCCUGGUCCGGUCACUGCGCUCACUAUCGCUAACAGUAACGGAGACCAAUUCUGGGCCGCUGGCACAGGAAGCGAUGGCAUUGCUUACCUGCAGCGAUUCGAUGGUACCAAGUGGGUGCCUGCUGACGGGUCCAUGUUCGGUGAAAAGACAGACAUCCGUGGCAUUCAGGUUCUCAGUUUGUCCGAAAACCAUGGCAGCUCCGACAUCAUUGACCGCAACCAAGAUCUCCUCCUUAUGGGUCAGAUCAAUGUUACUACAAAUGCGUUUGGCACAGCAUCUGCUGUACUCUUCAACGGCACUACACUCACUCCUUUUCUUCUUGCUACCAAGGGCCAGGAUGGUUCGACGGAGCCUGGGAGCCUAUCCUCUGUGUUUGUGGAGAAUCCCAAUUCGUUCUUCAGACAGUCAAACAAGCACCUCGCACUGUGGGCCAUUGUGCUCAUUGGUCUCGCCAUCGCUCUAGUCCUCACCUUCCUUCUCGUGGUCAUCGGCAUAGUAAUCGAAUGGUUCCGCAAAAAGCGAUUGGGUUAUUCCCCGGCCCCAACAUCAUACCCAGACCGGCUAGGCAAUGUAGGACGGCUACCGCCGGAGCAACUGUUCGGAACCCUGUCGGGACCCAAGGCCCCAGCAAUCUAA